GGAAACGUCAAAAGUCGGGCAGUCCGCAGCUCUGGUUGCUACAGCUUGAGGCGAGCUGAGUCCAGAGGAAUCCUGUGCUGCUUCCGAUAUCCUCACUGCUGUCACCACUAUCGGCGUGAACAAGUGAAGUUUGAACCGGCUUCUCCAUGGCCCGGGCACCGGUUCCCGGCUGAGCCAUUUUCUUUGUGACUAAAAAAAGCCCCCGCCCAGAGACCGAUUCGUCGCGGCGGCGGUGGGGAUCGCAGGUCGUUCAGGCUUGCAGAUGGGUCAGGGGCUGUGGAGAGUGGCCAGAAACCAGCAGCUACAGCACGAAGGUUACAGUGAGCAAGGCUACCUCAGCAGAGAGCAGAGCAGGAGGAUGGCUGCCAGCAGCAUUUCUAACACCAGUCAUCGGAAACAGGUCCAAGGAGGCAUCGAUAUAUAUCACCUCUUGAAGGCACGGAAAUCUAAAGAACAGGAAGGAUUCAUUAAUUUGGAAAUGUUGCCCCCCGAGCUAAGCUUUACCAUCUUGUCCUACCUGAAUGCGACUGACCUCUGCUUAGCUUCAUGUGUUUGGCAGGACCUUGCAAAUGAUGAACUUCUCUGGCAAGGGUUGUGUAAAUCCACAUGGGGUCACUGUUCCAUAUAUAAUAAGAACCCACCUCUAGGAUUUUCUUUCAGAAAAUUGUAUAUGCAGUUGGAUGAAGGCAGCCUCACCUUUAAUGCCAACCCAGAGGAGGGAGUGAACUACUUUAUGUCCAAGGGUAUCCUAGAUGAUUCACCAAAGGAAAUAGCAAAGUUUAUCUUCUGUACAAGAACACUAAAUUGGAAAAAACUGAGAAUCUAUCUUGAUGAAAGGAGAGAUGUCUUGGAUGACCUUGUAACAUUGCAUAAUUUUAGAAAUCAAUUCUUGCCCAAUGCACUGAGAGAAUUUUUUCGUCAUAUCCAUGCCCCCGAAGAGCGUGGGGAGUACCUUGAAACUCUCAUAACAAAGUUCUCACAUAGAUUCUGUGCUUGCAACCCCGAUUUAAUGCGAGAACUUGGCCUUAGUCCUGAUGCUGUCUAUGUACUGUGCUACUCUUUGAUUCUACUUUCCAUUGACCUCACUAGCCCUCACGUGAAGAAUAAGAUGUCAAAAAGAGAAUUUAUUCGAAAUACCCGUCGUGCUGCUCAAAACAUUAGUGAAGAUUUUGUAGGGCAUCUUUAUGACAACAUCUACCUUAUUGGCCACGUGGCUGCAUAAAAGCACAAUUGCUAGGACUUCCACUAUUAACUUCAAACUAAAGUUACCCAAGGACUUAUUUAGCAGUUAUGGGGGUUACAUUAGUGCUGGUCAUCCUGGCCUCUGUAUACAAUCAAGCUUGAGUAUACACCUUUUUUUUUUUUUUUCCUUUUACUCUUUUCUUUUUUAGUAAUUUCCUUGGGGAGCUAAAGGAUUUUGCAGAAUUUUUCUUAAUUUUGCUUAUCAUGUUUUGCACAAAGCAGAGCCAUUGUCUGACACAGCUGUUUAAGAAUGUUAAACUGACAUUAUACUCUAAGGGAUGGUAUAUUUGUGCAUUAGAUUUGCUUGAAAAACUAUUCGUUUUCAUUCUUUUUAAAAAUACCAUGUAAUGUGUACAUAUUUAAUGAAAGAGAUUUAUAAUCAUAAUUAUUUUAUUGUAAAGAUUUUAACUAAAGCCUUUCCUUUUCUCUCAAACUGAGUUCUGAAAUUUAUUUGAUUCUGAUCUGAGCUUUUUACUGUCUUCAUAAAAGUUGGAUCUGACUUGGAUGAAAACCAAUACCCGUUUGUCUUUCCUUUGAACUUUGAAAAGAGUAUUUAUUGUUUUGUUGCUAGUAACAAGCAAAACAGGCACUUAUUUUUAUAAUAUAAAUUCAUCACUUGACUUUCCA